AUGUUGAAAGCCACUACGCCCAGGCCGUGGGUUUGUUCUCGGUGCGUUAGGAGACAAAUCCAAUCACGUCGAAGACUUGCGACAGCUUCUACACAAUAUCGCGUAUCUCGACCUGUACCUGUAGACAACUCUGCCCCAGGCGCAAAGCAUGAUGAUAGAACUUUGCGGCUGAUCUUUGACUCUCCGAAUUUCUGGGCAGAAUUCUCUCAAUCAUCGAAACAAAGUUACAAUAGACCGGCUGUUGGACUUUUUCAGAAUUGCUACCUUGUCAACCCCCAAGGAUUCGAAGUUUUUGCAAACACGAGUCUGCGAAAGGCACAAAGAAUUGUGGACAAAGUUUUGAAGGCUUCGACAGUUGAGGAAUACAGAUAUGUUGCUAGAGACCUAGAUCGUCUCAGUGACCUGCUGUGCCGGGUCAUCGAUUUGUCGGAUUUUGUUCGAGCUACACAUCCGAAUGCAGCCAUACAAGCAGCUGCAUCCAGAGCCUACGCAAAAAUGUUUGAAUACAUGAAUGUUUUGAAUACAACUACUGGGCUGGAUAAGCAACUUGAGAUCGCCAUGGGAACACCAGAGAUUGUAGCAGGAUGGACGGAGGAAGAAGUGGUAGUUGCAGAUAUUUUAAGGAAAGACUUUGCAAAGUCAGCCAUUGAUCUACCUCGUGCCCAGCGAGAAAGGUUUGUAGCUCUCUCGCAACAAAUCAGUGAAAUUGGUCCUGAAUUUGUCGAUUACAUGACACCCUCAAAAUCUUACUUGACUUUUGAAAGUAGUAAGUUAAAAGGAAUGGAUCCAGUGCUGGUGAGACAAUACACGACAUGGGGACAGACUAAAAUUCCAACCAUUGGUGGUGCUGCAGCUGCAGCUAUUAGAUCAGUUCAGAAUGAAGAAGUCAGAAAAGAGAUAUUCAUGGCUACUCGCACAGCUUCAAGAAAUACAGUAUAUAAACUGGAGGAGCUCAUGCGUAAAAGAGCAGAACUGGCUAAACUUUCUAGGUACGAAAGUUAUUCUCACCUAGCCCUAGGAGACAAAAUGGCCAAAAGUCCAGCAUCUGUAUCACAAUUCUUGGAAGCACUGGCGAAGGAUAACAAUCAGAUUGUAAAAGGAGAAGUUUCCGAGCUCCUCAAGUUUAAGCUGUCGAACUCGCAUGGAUCUUCUCCAGGUCUACAGCCAUGGGAUAAAGAUUAUUAUAUGUCACAAAUUUUGGCUUCAGUGCGUUCGCACUCUCGCAAUUCUGAUUUUCUUUCAGCAUAUUUCUCGCUUGGUACAGUCAUGCAGGGACUCUCCAGGCUAUUCACACGCCUCUACGGUGUGAGACUUGCUCCUCAUGAGACAAUGCCAGGAGAAACAUGGAACGCAGAUGUUCGAAGACUAGAUGUGAUCUCUGAAACCGAUGGUCACGUUGCUGUACUUUACUGUGAUCUGUUUUCCCGUCCUGGAAAGUCCCCAAAUCCUGCGCACUUCACCCUUCGCUGUUCUCGAGAGAUCACAACGCCUGAACUCGAAGAAGCUUCGUCAUUUUCUCAAAAUAAGCUGUUCAAAACUGAUGAAGAAGCUGCUAAUGAUGGCAUGGCCACUUCAAGAGCUUCGGGAGUCCUCAAGCAAUUGCCAACCAUAGCCCUCAUUUGCGAUUUCGUCACAAUGUCUGGAAAGUCUUCCCGCCCUGCCCUUCUCAGUUUCAACGAGGUGCAAACUCUCUUCCACGAAAUGGGCCAUGCCAUACAUUCCAUUCUCGGGCGAACAUCUCUUCAAAAUGUCUCAGGAACUCGUUGUGCGACCGACUUUGCAGAGUUGCCUUCAGUCCUCAUGGAACAUUUUGCAGCAGACCCAUCUGUUCUUUCUUUAUUCGCACGUCAUUAUGAAACCGAUCAACCACUCCCAUAUGAAAUGGUGGCCGAGAAACUAGCAUUAGAUAAACGUUUCGAAGGUUCUGAUACCGAAAAUCAGAUUAUCCUUUCAAUGCUCGAUUUAGCAUAUCAUUCUGACCUCCCACUAUCUCCAUCCUUCAACUCGACAGAAAUAUAUCACUCUCUCCAGGAAAAACAUGGUGCCCUCCCAGUUGAUCCCCCCGGAACAUGCUGGCAGGGUUUCUUCGGACAUCUCUUCGGAUACGGUAGCACGUACUAUAGCUAUCUCUUUGACCGAGUUCUCGCAAGAAGAAUCUGGCAAGUGGUAUUCAAGGACGGAGAAGCAGGCGGUAGCAUCCACAGAGAUAAUGGCGAGAAGAUGAAAGAAGAAGUUCUGAAGUGGGGUGGAGGAAGAGAUCCUUGGAAAUGCUUGGCGGGUGUACUAGAUGAUGGUAGAGUGGAGAAUGGUGAUGAAGAAGCCAUGGCAAUUGUGGGUAGCUGGGGAGUGAAGGAAUGA